AACGUCGGCGUGCUUGAGUAAGAACCACAUGUGAAACCAUAACAUGUUUUAGCUUUGUUGACUGCUGUAACGUUAUAAUACAGAUCCGCUCUAGUGUGAAGUCCUCAUGAGGUGAUGCUGCAUGUGUUGCGAUAUCCUCUGCAGAGGAGUCUCAUCUCUCUGCAAUGGACGUGUCUGCGCUCCCUGUACUCCACCAAGCCUCAGUCCCUUCAGGGCGAGGACCCCACAGACACCCGCCUGAACCCCCUUAACAUUCAGAUGCUGUCAAGGAAUCUCCACAAGCAGAUCUUUCGAGGGGUGGAACCAGAGUACAGAGAGGACGACGUGAAGCGCAGCAUUAAGCACCUGCAGCAACACCAGCUGUGGGGGAAAGAAACUUCACUGUUGCCCGAUGUGGAGCUGAAGCUUCCCCAGAUGUAUGGCGAAAAUAUUGAUGAGCACUUUCGUAUCUUGGCCCAGAAGCAGAGUCUACCUUACCUUGAGGCUGCUUCCAAGCUGCAUCUGGCUGAGCUCCCUCCCAUGCCACAGGAAUGGAGCUGGAGUAUUGGCUGGACACGCUAUGGCCCCGAUGGGGACAGUCAGAAGGUUGAUUUCCCGGAUGAGUCUGUGCUGGUGUUUGAUGUGGAGGUGUGCAUGACGGAGGGACAGUGUCCCACACUGGCUGUUGCUGUGUCUCCCACUAACUGGUAUUCCUGGUGCAGUAAGCGUCUGAUUGAAGAGCGCUACACCUGGUCAAACCAGCUGACCCUAGCUGACCUCAUCCCACUGGAGACCAGUAUCAACUCUACCCGCCCGCCAGGCAACCAGUGGAAGGAGAGGCUCAUCGUGGGCCAUAAUGUCAGUUUUGAUCGCUCUUACAUUAAGGAGCAAUACUUACUGAAGGGUCCUAAGGUCCGCUUCAUGGACACUAUGAGCCUUCACAUGGCCAUCUCUGGGUUGACUGGGUUCCAGCGGACACUGUGGAUGGCCAAUAAGAUGGGGAAAAGGAGGGGUCUUCAGGAGGUCAAAGAACACAUGAAGAAAACUGGACAGAAAAAGGAGGGCCACAUGAUUGGCUCCUGGGACUGGGUGAAUAUUAGCAGCAUUAAUAACCUGGCUGAUGUCCAUGCUCUGUAUGUGGGAGGCCCACCACUGAAGAAAGAAUCUAGAGAUAUCUUUGUGAAGGGCAGUAUGAUGGACGUCAGGAACAACUUCCAGGAAUUAAUGCAGUAUUGCGCUAUGGAUGUUCAGGCCACACAUCAAGUCUUCACAGAACAGCUACCCCUUUUCUUGGAGAGGUGUCCUCAUCCAGUGACGUUUGCUGGCAUGCUGGAGAUGGGCGUGAGCUACCUUCCUGUCAAUAAAAACUGGGGGCGUUACCUGGAAGAUUCUCAGGACAUUUACGAAGAGCUCCAGAGAGAGAUGAAGAAGUCUCUGAUGACUCUUGCGGACGAUGUCUGCCAGCUGCUGCAGGACGACAGAUACAAAGAAGACCCCUGGCUUUGGGAUUUUGAGUGGGAUGUGCAGGAGUUCAAGCUGAAGAAAGUACCAACCAGCAAAAGGAAGAAUUCCAAAAAAGCAGCUGAAACACAAGCUGCUACUCCUCUUCCAGACUGGGAGCAAGACCCAGGUCCACCCUCUGAGGAGGAGAUGGAAAGCCCUUGUCCCAGCAGGCUGGCUGUGGAAAAGCUGAAAGAAACAGUGGAUCGGCUUCCUAAGAGAAGGCAACAUCUUCCUGGACAUCCAGGGUGGUAUCGUAAGCUCUGUGAGAAGAUGGCUGCGGAGGACAGCUGGUCACCUGGAGCCAGCCUCAUCAGUCUACAGAUGAGAGUGACUCCUAAGCUGAUGGGUCUGACAUGGGAUGGUUUCCCCCUGCAUUAUACAGAGAAACACGGGUGGGGCUACUUGGUACCUGGACGUAGGGAUAACCUGGUAUCUCAGGAGGAAAACACAGGGCCUGUGUGCCCACACAGAGCUAUUGAGAGAGUUUACAGAGAGUAUUGUGAGCAGAACAGCAAAGAAAAGCCUGAAUAUCUGGACAGCGACCUUUCAGAUGACCUCUUGUGGACAGACAGCACAGUGUGGACAAAGGUGGAAGAGUUUGGUUCCGUUGAAAGUCUGAGAGAGGAAAAUGGAGUCAGAGUGACAAAAAAUGGCGGGAAGAAAAAAGUGUCCAACGAUCCACAUUACAUCCCAGAGGAGGCGCAGUGCCAUUAUCACCAUGGAAACGGCCCCUACAAUGAUGUAGAUAUCCCAGGAUGCUGGUUUUUCAAAUUGCCCCAUAAGGAUGGUAAUCACAACAAUGUUGGCAGUCCCUUUUCAAAAGACUUCCUGGCUAAGAUGGAGGAUGGUACUCUCAGGGCAGGACGGGGUGGAACCAACGCUACAAGAGCGCUGGAGAUCAACAAAAUGAUGUCCUUCUGGAGGAAUGCCCAUAAGCGUAUAAGCUCUCAGAUGGUGCUGUGGCUGCGAAAGGGAGAACUUCCUUGUAUUGUCAGCAGACACAAAGAGUUUGAUGAAGAGGGUCAGUAUGGGGCCAUAAUACCUCAGGUCGUCACAGCUGGAACAGUUACACGUAGGGCUGUGGAGCCAACGUGGCUGACUGCCAGUAAUGCACGGCGGGACCGGGUAGGCAGUGAGCUGAAGGCAAUGGUGCAGGUACCACCUGGAUAUCACCUUGUGGGAGCAGACGUAGACUCUCAAGAGUUGUGGAUCGCUGCUGUACUCGGAGAUGCUCACUUCGCUGGCAUGCACGGUUGUACAGCGUUUGGCUGGAUGACUCUUCAGGGAAAGAAGAGUCAGGGCACUGACCUGCACAGCCGCACUGCUGACACUGUGGGCAUCAGCCGAGAGCAUGCCAAGGUGUUCAACUAUGGACGCAUUUAUGGUGCUGGACAACCCUUUGCUGAGAGACUGCUAAUGCAGUUCAACCACCGCCUCAGUCAGACUGAAGCUUCUAAAAAGGCCAAGCAGAUGUACGCCUUAACAAAGGGCAUACGCAGAUACCAUCUGACAGAGGAGGGCAAGUGGCUGCUCAGUGAACUGAAUGUAGAGGUGGAGACGGCGGAGGAUGGAAGUGUCACCCUGCAGGAGCUGCGGAGGAUCUCUAAACUGGUUUCACAGUGCACUAAGCGGAAGAGGUGGAGCAUAGUCGACAAACGUCAGUGGGCUGGAGGUACAGAGUCGGACAUGUUCAACAAGCUGGAGAGCAUUGCCCAUUCAGCCGAGACAGCUACUCCUGUUCUAGGCUGCAGGAUUAGCAGAGCACUGGAGCCCAAGGCAGUCAAGGAUGAGUUUAUCACGAGCAGAGUGAACUGGGUGGUCCAGAGCUCUGCAGUGGACUACCUACAUCUGAUUUUGGUUGCCAUGAAGUGGCUCUGUGAGGAGCAUGACAUCGAUGGCCGUUUCUGCAUCAGCAUCCACGACGAGGUGCGGUACCUCGUCUGCAGCGAAGACCGUUACCGAGCAUCGCUGGCACUUCAGAUCACAAACCUGCUCACGAGGAGUGUGUUCUCUUAUGCGUUGGGCAUGCAGGACCUUCCCCAGUCAGUAGCUUUCUUCAGUUCAGUUGACAUUGACCAGUGUCUGCGGAAGGAGGUCAACAUGGACUGCGUGACCCCCUCCAACCCCACAGGUCUGGAACGAAGAUACGGCCUACCACCUGGUGAGGCCUUGGACAUCUACCAAAUCCUCAACAUCACUAAAGGCUCUCUGAACAAAGGAAGAUAGCACUUUGUGGGCCAAGAUGCUGUUAUUCAGAACUCACAACUGUCAAGAGGCCAUUCGGCAGCUGGUCAAGUUCA